AGCAUACACAAGGACCUGGAGGAGAAGAUUGCGCGUUUCCACCAGCGGGAAGACGCCAUUCUCUAUGCCAGCUGCUUUGAUGCCAACGCUGGUAUCUUUGAGGCCCUGCUGACCCCAGAGGAUGCAGUCCUGUCGGAUGAGCUAAACCAUGCCUCCAUCAUCGACGGGAUCCGCCUGUGCAAGGCUAACAAGUACCGUUACAAGCACAUGGACAUGCAGGACCUGGAGGCCAAGCUGCAGGAUGCACAGAAACAUCGUCUGCGGCUGGUGGCCACCGAUGGUGCCUUCUCCAUGGACGGUGACAUCGCACCCCUGCGGGAGAUCUGCCAGCUGGCCCAGAAGUAUGAUGCCCUCGUCUUCAUUGACGAAUGCCAUGCCACAGGCUUCCUGGGACCCAAUGGCCGGGGUACCGAUGAGCUCCUGGGAGUGAUGGACAAAGUCACCAUCAUCAACUCCACCCUGGGAAAAGCUCUUGGAGGAGCUGCAGGUGGGUACACAACUGGCCCCAAACCCCUCAUCGAUUUGCUCCGCCAGCGUUCCCGCCCAUACCUCUUCUCCAACAGCCUACCCCCCGCUGUGGUGGGCUGUGCGUCCAAGGCCCUGGACCUGCUGAUGGAGAGCAAUGCCAUCGCACAGUCCAUGGCUGCCAAGACCCAACGGUUCAGAAGUAAGAUGACAGCAGCCGGCUUCACCAUCUCAGGGAAGGACCACCCCAUCUGUCCUGUCAUGCUCGGGGAUGCUCGGCUGGCUGCAGUGAUGGCUGAGGACAUGCUGAACAGAGGCAUUUAUGUCAUUGGCUUCAGCUACCCCGUGGUCCCCAAGGGAAAGGCCCGCAUCCGCGUCCAGAUCUCAGCUGUGCACAGCGACGAGGACAUCGACCGCUGCGUGGAAGCCUUCACCGAGGUGGGACGGAAACACGGAGCACUGCCUUGAGGGGCCAGCAAACACCUCCUCCGGCACUGUCCCUGCCCACAACCAAGUGCCUCUGCCGGGGCAAAAGGCUUGAGCAGCGUGUUGCUGAAAGCAGGACCGAUCCUCAAGGCAUCGCAACCUGCGGGAGGCUGUGGCUGUUGCAGUGUGCUGGCAGCAGCACUGGCAACCAGCUCUUGUGUCAUUAAAGACGUCCUGCAUUGCA